AGUGAUAGGACAAUAAUGGCUCAUCGGCUGGCGGCGGCCGCUUUAUCGCCACCUUUGGCCGCAUUGUGGAGAGGCCACUGCCACAGCCGCGGACUUGCGAAGUUGGUUUCGGUCCGGCAGUGGUGUGAGAGAGGCCAUCCAGGAUGUGGCACGUCCUUCCAUCACUGGCUGUGCUCCAAGCCUCCUGAAGGCUUUGAGAAGAAAGAUGAAAAGAGACAGGGUCCAACAGAGGCAGCCCCUGAUAAUAAAGAGCCUCUUGGCUCCAAAAAUACCUGGGGAAGCAGUGGUGGAGAAGGCAAGAGAGGAAGGAAAGAUGAGGAUUUGGGGUGGUGGAAUCACAUGCAGAAGGGAGAGUUCCCUUGGGAUAAUAAGGACUCCCGGUACCUGAUGGUCAUGGGAGCUGGCAUCCUCACAGGGUUCUUCUACCUCUACUACCGAGAUCCAGGCAGAGAAAUCAGCUGGAAGCACUUUGUGCAUUACUACCUGGCCAAAGGACUGGUGGAUCGACUGGAAGUGGUGAACAAGCAGUUUGUCCGGGUGUUCCCAAUCCCUGGUGCCACCUCAGAGAAGCACAUCUGGUUCAAUAUUGGCAGUGUGGAUACCUUUGAACGAAACCUAGAGUCUGCUCAGCUGGAGCUGGGGAUCAGCAGUGCCCAACAAGUGUCUGUGGUCUACAGCACCGAGAGUGAUGGCUCCUUUCUCCUGAGCAUGGUGCCUAGCCUUCUGCUGUUGGGCUUCCUGCUGUUCACUCUGAGACGUGGACCAAUGGGAAGUGGGCGCGGAGGGCGAGGAGGAGGGAUCUUCAGUGUUGCAGAGACAACAGCAAAAGUCCUGAAGAACAACAUUGAAGUGCAGUUCAAGGAUGUGGCCGGCUGCGAAGAGGCCAAGCUGGAGAUCAUGGAGUUUGUGAAUUUCCUGAAGAAUCCGAAACAGUACCAAGAUCUCGGGGCCAAGAUUCCAAAGGGAGCGAUGCUCACGGGCCCCCCGGGCACAGGCAAAACCCUCUUGGCCAAAGCUACUGCGGGAGAAGCCAACGUCCCUUUCAUCACUGUGAACGGCUCUGAGUUCCUGGAAAUGUUUGUCGGAGUUGGGCCUGCAAGGGUUCGGGAUAUGUUUGCCUUGGCACGGAAGAAUGCCCCUUGCAUCCUCUUCAUUGAUGAGAUUGAUGCCGUUGGGAGGAAGCGGGGCCACGGGAACUUCGGGGGCCAGAGCGAGCAAGAGAACACACUCAACCAGCUGCUGGUGGAGAUGGAUGGGUUCAACAGCAGCACAAACGUCGUAGUACUUGCAGGCACAAACCGACCUGAUGUCUUGGACCCAGCGCUGAUGAGACCUGGACGCUUUGAUCGGCAGAUUUAUAUUGGCCCACCGGACAUCAAGGGCAGAGCAUCCAUCUUCAAAGUCCACCUCCGGCCUCUCAAAUUGGAUGCAGAUAUCAGCAGAGAUACUCUGGCUCGGAAGAUGGCAGCCCGGACCCCAGGAUUCACAGGUGCCGAUAUCUCCAACGUUUGCAAUGAGGCUGCCCUCAUUGCCGCACGACACGCCAGUCCCACUGUCAAUGAGAAGCACUUCGAACAGGCCAUUGAGAGAGUCAUUGGAGGGCUUGAGAAGAAGACCCAGGUCCUGCAGCCAAAUGAGAAGGCCGUUGUGGCUUACCAUGAAGCUGGGCACGCUGUGGUGGGCUGGUUCUUAAAGCACGCCGACCCUUUGCUCAAGGUCUCCAUCAUCCCCCGAGGCAAGGGCCUGGGCUAUGCGCAGUACCUGCCCCAGGAGCAGUUUCUCUACACCCGGGAGCAGCUUUUUGACCGCAUGUGCAUGAUGCUGGGGGGCCGCGUCGCCGAGCAGCUCUUCUUUGGCCGCAUCACAACCGGCGCCCAGGAUGACCUCCGGAAGGUGACGCAGAGCGCCUAUGCCCAGGUGGUGCAGUUUGGCAUGAGUGACAGGCUGGGUCAAGUCUCCUUCGACCUUCCGCGGCAGGGUGAUCUGAUGCCCGAGAAGCCUUACAGCGAAGCCACCGCUGAGCUGAUUGACGAAGAGGUGCGUGCCUUGAUCAACACGGCCUAUGAGAAGACCCUGGAGCUGCUGACUCAGUGCCGUGGCCACGUGGAGAAGGUAGGAAAGCGUCUCCUAGAGAAGGAAGUCCUGGAGAAGGCAGACAUGGUGGAGCUGUUGGGGCCCAGGCCCUUUGCAGAGAAAUCCACCUACGAGGAGUUUGUUGAGGGAACCGGGAGCUUGGAAGAAGACACCUCCCUCCCCGAGGGCUUGAAGAACUGGAAUCUUGAGCGGGAGAAGGAGAGAGCCCAGGAGAAUGCCUCUUAGGGAAAGCAUGGCCAGCCUGAAAAGAAACGCAUGGCACAUUGCCCAUUGGUCAAGCACUAAGGCCUGUUUCUUUGGCUGGGGGCAGCAUUGCCGAGAGACCAGCUGAGCCUCACUUUGCCAUGGAAUCAUGGAACACUGUCAGGCUCCCCUUCCACCAAAGGACCAGCAACAAUGUUCAAGGACCACUGUCUGCAGCAAGCAACCUUCUUCAGUUCUCCCCCUCCAGUGAAGGACAUGAACUGGGAUGGUUGCUUGGAGCAGAGAAAAGCAGGUGCCCUCUCCUGAACUGAUCACAAACAGCCUCUGUGCCUCCAGUAAACCCACCAGCCAUCUGAUGCACACAGACCCAGAGCAGACGAGGAGUAUCCUGUCCAGGAGACUGCUCUGCUCCAAGGGACCAAGGGCUGCCUUAUUAUGCUCAGUGCCUUCACUCCAGCUUCC